AUGCACCAGGAAGUAGUCGAGUUCACCGCGAAGAAUGUUGCAGUCGAUCCAGUCCGCCAUCUCACGUACGGAUCCGGCUUCUCGCCCCGUUCCUCACUUAACUCCAAUUUCCAGCCGCGUGAGCCCGUGCGAUAUGAGGACAUCAUCGUCCAACCUGGAGUGACCGCGGUUAUCGACAGCCUAGCAUGUGCCAUCUGCAACGAAGGCGAGGGCAUCAUUAUCCCGCAUCCCUUUUACAUGGGUUUCGCUGUGGACAUCCCAACUCGGGCCAGAGGCGUGAUUGUCCCGGCGGUGUUCCAGUCACUCGCCGAUCAUAGGGGGUUUGUCGAUGUUUUCGACGCCGAGAUGAACAUUGAGGCCUUAGACAAGGCGCUUAAAGGAACCCAAGAGAAUGGCAUCAAAGUCCGGGCGGUUCUCCUAACCAACCCUCACAACCCACUGGGGAGAUGCUAUAACCCCAGAGCGCCAGCCCCUGUACCCUUCACGUCGAUUCUGGCGCUGAACCUCGCCGACCGGAUCGACCCCCAGCUUGUCCACCUUGCGUACGGGGCAAGCAAAGACUUCUGUGCCAACGGGCUGCGGCUAGGCAUGCUGUACACCAGAAAUCAAGGGCUUCUGGCGGCGAUUGCUGGGACAAGCAUGCUUGCCUGGCCGCCGUACAUUAUCCAAGACCUCUGGGCCAGCAUGCUAGAGAACGGUGCUUACACGGAGGACUUCUUCGCAACAAACCAGCAGCGCCUGGCUGAGCAGUAUGCUUUUGCGACGCAAUUCUUGGACGACCACGGGAUCCCGUACUACCGAGACUCAUACGCUGGCAUGUUCAUCUGGAUUGAUCUCAGACGAUACAUGAUCCGGGGAGAGGAGUUACCCAGUCUCUCAAUCUACACCCUAAAUUCUCGAGACAAGGAAGUUUAUCAGCAGCGAGAGUUGGAAAUCAGCAACCGCUGCGUUGCGAACGGGGUCGCCAUCGCGCUGGGGACCAAUUUCUGCACCGAAGAGCUGGGCUGGUUCCGCCUCACAUUUUCAGUGUCCAGGCAGGCGCUGGAGGUUGAACUUCAGAGGAUGGUGAAGGCACUGCAAGAUAUUACACAAUGA